CAGCCGGAGCGAGCGGAGCGGCAGCUGACGCAUCGCUGAGCCGCGGGAGCCUGAAGCCUUCGACGGGUCCUCCCAUGGAGAGCACGGAGCCCUCCUGACGGCCUCCUCCCGGCGGCGGUCGCGUGUCGGUGACCGACAUGGACGCGAGUGACAAGGACGUGAAGCUUUCAGCCGAAGUGGAGCCAUUCAUCCCUCAGAAGACCAGCCCGGAAGGACCCGCAGUCAGCAUGAGUCUCCCUGGAGACGGGGCAGGGGGAGGGGCAGCGGGGGUGGAGACCACGCCCAUCCCCAGCUACCUCAUCACCUGCUACCCGUUCGUCCAGGAGAACCAACCCAACAGACAACACCCCCUGUACAGCGGAGGCGAGCUGCGCUGGCAGCAGCCCCCCCCCGGCCCCAGGGGGUCUUACCUGGCCUACCCCAUCCUGUCCCCCCCCCAGCCUCCCGUCUCCAGUGACUACACGUACUACCAGAUCCUGCCUGCCGCGUGCCCCCCGGUGAUGGGCUUCUACCAGCCCUUCCCCGGCCCGUACGCAGGGCCAGUGGUCAGCCCCAUCUCCCCCGAUGUGAGCGAGAGGCCGGUGGGGCCGGCUUAUGGGCCGGCCGGUCCGAGGGGGAGGGGCAGGGGCAGGGGCGUGGUGCGACCCAGUGUUCCCCCAAAGCAGCAGUUGGGCGUGUGCCAGCCUCCCAGAGGCCGCCGGCCCCCAACCAGGACGGCCGCGGUGCAGAAGGAGGUGUGCACGCUGGGGCCUGAUGGGCGCACCAAGGUGGUCAUGCUGGUGGACGCAGCGCAGCAGACUGACUUCCCAGGUGAGGCGUCGGGGCGAAGCGGUGCCGAGCAGGCCGGCCCCCUGCUGUGGAAGAACAAGCCCAAGAAACGCCGGGCCUCCCAUCCGGCCGAGAGCCCCAGCGAGGCGGACGUGGACAGCGACAGCGGCUACUGCAGCCCCAAACACAACCAGGCGGCCGGGGCGGCGCCGAGGCCCGCGGACAGCACCGCACAGGGAGUCGAGGCUGCUGUCAUGACAGCAGGUACCUGGGUCCAUGUCGCCUCUCAGGCGACCCCCAGGUCCUGGGGGGACCGGACCGGCCCGUUCCACAGAGCGGACCAGAGGAGGAAUCCUGAACAGAGGAACUUCUUACAGGAGUUCCACGGUGUCUUUCCGGGCCGCGUGGCGUCCGGCCCGUCAGACUCGAGGCUGCAGCCAGCGGCGCUCGGCGGUAACGGGGUCUCCCCAGAGCCCCUGUACUUUGAGGAUGAAGAUGAAUUCCCAGAUCUGGCGAGAGGGGGGGGGGGCGCCCCCCGCACCGCCAAACCAGAACCCACUUCAGCCCAGACGCACACGCAACAUAAACUACACAAACACCUGAUGGAUAACCUGCCGGAGAACUCCCCCAUCAACAUCGUGCAGACGCCCAUCCCCAUCACCACCUCGGUCCCCAAGAGGGCCAAGAGCCAGAGGAAGAAGGCUCUGGCUGCGGCUCUGGCCACCGCUCAGGAGUACUCUGAGAUCAGCAUGGAGCAGAAGAAGUUACAGGAAGCGUUCACCAAAGCAGCCGGAAAGAAGAGCAAGACCUCCGUGGAGCUGGACCUGGGAGACAUGCUGGCAGCGCUGGAGAAGCACCAGCAGGCGAUGAAGGCCCGGCAGCUCAACAACACCAAGCCGCUGUCCUUCACAGUGGGAACGACCACGCCGUUCCACGCCUCCGGCCUGGUCGGCCUGCCCUCCGUGUUGAAGGGCCACCAGACGUACUCGGCCCCUCACAACGCUCUGGACUCCACGGCCCCCCGUGUGAAGAGGGGCAAGGAGAGGGAGAUCCCCAAAGUGAAGCGGCCCACCGCCCUGAAGAAGAUCAUCCUGAAGGAGCGUGAAGGGAAGAAAGGGAAGACGAGCGUGGAGCAGGAGUCCUCGGGCCAGGAGGAGCACGGGGAGGAGAGCCUGCACUUCACUGAGGAGCCCGCCUCCCAAGAAGACAACGGUCUGAGCAUGCCCAGCGACGCCUCGCUGUCCCCGGCCAGUCAGAACUCUCCCUACAGCAUCACGCCCGUGUCCCAGGGCUCUCCGGCCAGCUCCGGCAUCGGCAGCCCCAUGGCCUCCAACGCCAUCACCAAGAUCCACAGCCGGCGCUUCAGAGAGUACUGUAACCAGGUGCUGAGUAAGGAGAUCGACGAGGGCGUGACCAUGCUGCUGCAGGAGCUGGUCCGCUUCCAGGAGCGCGUCUACCAGAAGGACCCCAGCAAGGCGAAGGCCAAGCGGCGCCUGGUCAUGGGCCUCCGAGAGGUCACCAAGCACAUGAAGCUCAGCAGGAUCAGCUGCGUCAUCAUCUCCCCCAACUGUGAGAAGAUCCAGGCCAAGGGAGGUCUGGAUGAGGCGCUCUACAACGUGAUCUCCAUGGCGAGGGACCAGGAGAUCCCCUUCGUGUUCGCUCUGGGGAGGAAAGCUCUCGGCCGCUGCGUCAACAAGCUGGUGCCGGUCAGCGUGGUCGGCAUCUUCAACUACUCUGGAGCGGAGGCUCUCUUCGACCGCCUGGUCUCCCUGACCGAGGAGGCCCGGCGGGCCUACAAGGCCAUGGUGUCGGCCCUGGAGCAGGAGCAGGCCGAGGAGAACCAGCAGAACAAGAAGGCCCCGCACCACAUGGGCCACUCCCGGAACCACUCGGCCGCCUCCGCCAUCUCCUUCUGCUCCAUCUUCUCCGAGCCCAUCUCAGAGGUCAACGAGAAGGAGUACGAGACCAACUGGAGGAGCAUGGUGGAGACGUGUGACGCUCUGGAGCCGGUGGAGGCGGAGCCUAGUCGCCCCCCCGCCGCCGCCCAGAGGGACGGAGGCGCCGCCCCGCCGCUCCGGGCCCCGCCCACACAGGGGGGGGGGGACGAGGUCCGGGUGGACGACGGGCUGGAGCUGGCCUCCCAGCAGAGCACCGAGACCGGCUCUCUGGACGGGAGCUGCAGGGGGCCCCUCAACUCCUCCAUCACCUCCACCACCUCCACCCUGGUGCCCGGGAUGCUGGAGGAGGAAGAGGAGGAGGAGGAGGAGGAGGAGGACUACACGCCGGAGCCCAUCGCCGUGGAGGUGCCCACCCUCAGCAGCCGCAUCGAGUCCUGGGUCUCAAAGACCCUGGAAAACCUGCAGCUGGGGAAGAGCCAGGAGAGUACGGAGGAAGAGGAGGAGGAGGAAGAGGAAGAAGAAGAGGAGGAGGAGGAGAAGAGGGAGGAGGAGGAGGACCUUGAUUCAGCCGAUGUCCCAGAGCCGGGGACCGAGAGCAGAGAGCAAGUGGAGAAGGUCUCAGGCUGAUGUCUCCUCGUCUUCAUCACCAGAUCUCAGGACCCUACAGACUACCACAGACCACUACAGACCACCAUAGACCACUACAGACCACCACAGACCACUACAGACCACCUUAGACCACUACAGACCACUACAGACCACCACAGACCACCACAGACCACUACAGACGACCACAGACCACUACAGACCACCAUAGACCACCAUAGACCACUACAGACCACCAUAGACCACUACAGACCACCACAGACCACCAUAGACCACUACAGACCACCACACACACUACAGACUACCACAGACCACUACAGACCACCACACACACUACAGACCACCACACACACUACAGACCACUACAGACCACCACACACACUACAGACCACCACACACACUACAGACCACUACAGACCACCACACACACUACAGACCACUACAGACCACCACACACACUACAGACUACCACAGACCACUACAGACCACCACACACACUACAGACUACCACAGACCACUACAGACCACCACACACACUACAGACCACUACACACACUACAGACCACCACACACACUACAGACUACCACAGACCACCACACACACUACAGACUACCACACAGACCACUACAGACCACACCACAGACCACUACAGACCACCACACACACUACAGACCACCACACACACUACAGACCACUACAGACCACCACACACACUACAGACUACCACACACACCACAGACCACCAACAGUUGGAGGACGCCUCACUCAUGACCUGCUACACUUGAAUCCAGAGUGAGACUCUGGUGUGUGUGUGUGUGUCUCAUGUGUUCUUUACCUUUGUAAAUAAUGAGCGAGUGAGAUGUUUCCUUCCUGUAGCUCCUCCUCCUCCACAGAGCGUCUUCUACCGCUCCGUCUUCUACCGCUCCGUCUUCUACCGCUCCGUCUUCAGGUGUUUCUCGUGUCCCAGAUUCAGAUGACUUUAACUUCUAAGAAGCCAAACCAGCGUUGUGUAUAUAACCGUGUGUGUGAUCCCUCUGAUGGAGGUCCGUCUCCAUGGUAACAACAACAUCUUCAGCCCAACAUGGAGAACUGAGACUCAAGUCACCCCUAACCCUCAUCCAGUCCCAGGAAGUAGUCAGACCCCUAACCCUUAUCCAGUCCCAGGAAGUAGUCACACCCCUAACCCUCAUCCAGUCCCAGGAAGUAGUCACACCCCUAACCCUUAUCCAGUCCCAGGAAGUAGUCACACCUCUAACCCUCAUCCAGUCCCAGGAAGUAGUCACACCCCUAACCCUUAUCCAGUCCCAGGAAGUAGUCACACCCCUAACCCUCAUCCAGUCCCAGGAAGUAGUCACACCCCUAACCCUCAUCCAGUCCCCUGAAGUAGUCACACCCUUUUGUAAAUACAUGUGUACAAAAAAGAUUUUGAUUUCCAUUGUAUUAAAACAAUCGUCGUGUUCUUAAAGCCA